AUGAAUUGGCUACUGGAACUACCCAUCGAUUUACAAAACAACAUCACCGCUAUCAUGCAACAAAAUCCCGAAUCUCAAAAAGUAUUUUUAGAUUUGUACACCUUUUUAACUGACAACAAGCGAAGGAAAAUUGACAAUGCUGCAGAGAAUGGAAAUGACGCUGUUGCAUAUGAAGAAUUGGCUCCAUCAUCUUCAAUCCAUCCAGAAUCUAUCAUAUUUGAAAUACAGCAAGUGUCGUUCUCUUCACCUAUUCGUAAACGAAUGAAUCUUACUUUUCAUUUAAUUGAACAAAAUGGUCAAGCUUUGCCGGUGAUGUCUAUAGUUAACCCAGCUAACAACUCCCCUGAGUUGUCCUUUAUCAACCUAAAACAUGCCAUCAGGUUGUGUCUUAUUUUACCGAUUUUGGGUAAUUCAACAAAUUCACAAAAGAAAGGUAUUGCUAUGCUAUGUUUCUGGGUUCAUGAUCAAUAUUAUACUGAUUCAAACGUAUCCAAAGACCCAGUUAUAUGUCAAUUGAACUUGGAUAUCAUUAAGAAACAAAUGAUUAAAAACGGUAAAUUACCAGCUGAUAUUGAGUCUCAAUUUGAUUUAUCAACUUGCAAGAAUGAUGUAGUGUUGAACCCAAUACAAGAAAGAAUCAUUGAUUAUUUCAAACGACAAUUUCAUUUAAUUGGAAUCAACUUGGUUAACUAUCUACCAUGUUCUACUAUAUUCAAAAACAAGUAUAUUGUGAAUGAAGAUACUGCCGUUGCUUUGACAAGUGACAACAGUAUUAAUCCAAGGAUUAUAAUGGUUGAAUGUCACAAGGGAGCGAGAGAUGGGAACUUGAUCUUGUUGGAGCAAAAUGAAUACAAUACAGCUCAUCUAAUCUUUGCAUUCAAAAAGCCGAUUUUAGUAUUUAAUUUGUCAAAAGUGUUGCGUGCUAGUUACACAAGUAUCACCAAGCACACAUUUAGUUUAAAUAUUGUUGUCCUUAACGAUAGAGAUGAAGAAAGACCAAUUGAGUUUAGUAUGAUUGAUCAAGCUUAUUUCCAAAUUAUCGAUAAUUUCAUCAGACUUCAUGGGAUUAGUGAUGACUCGUUCAAUGAUGAUAACAAGGAGAAAGAAGCUAGCAAAAGCGGUGCCGCCGGUGUUGUUGCAGCUAAUGCUAAUACAACUGUUGGUGCCCUAGAAGAUGAUGACGAUGACGAUGAAGAUGCAGAUUUCGAAGGUAAUGAAGAGGGCAGUGAUGUUGCAGAAGAGUACGACAGUGCUAUAGAAAGUGCUGGCGAAGAUACCCCUGAACCAGAGGGUGAAGGUAAUGGUGACGGCGUAUUUACUCGAUCCAAAGAAGAAUAA